AUCUAUUACUAAUUCUGUAAUUCAGAAAAGGGUAGAGAUUUCAAAGCAUGACAAGCACAGAUUCCUAUACAAACACGAUACAUUUUAUAGACAAUGAACUCAGUGAAGAUGAGGUGGAAGGUCUUAAAUUUCUAUGUGAGCCAUCUAUCCCAAAAAGCAAGUUAAAAAAUAUUUCUCAUGGACGAGAGCUAUUAAAAGCUUUAGAAAGUUGCAACAAGUGGUCAGAAGACGAUGUUUAUUAUUUAUGUGAACUGUUAAUGAUAAUUGGACGUUUAGACUUGGUGGCAAAGCUUGAUCACAGUGCACUGAAGAAAAGGCGAGAAACUUCUAUAUGUCCUUUUCGUGUCCUACUGUUUAAAAUAAAUGAAGAGUUAGAUCAGGAGGAAGUCAAAACAUUGAGAUUUUUAUAUGGAAAAGUACCUAAAAAAGAGAUGGUUAAAAAUAGCCUUGAUCUUUUCUCAUACAUGAUAAAACAAAUGGAAAUAACUCCAAAUAAUAUCACACGUCUGCAGACUCUCAUUACUGAUAUUAAACGAAACGAUUUACUAGAAUUAUUAGUGGAAUAUGAAAAUAAGCAUAUACUAAAUGGUUAUUCCUGGAACACAGAACAGUCCAUCCCCACACCUAGUCCUUUGAACCAGUUUGUUUAUAACAACAGCGAUCCUGUUUAUGAAAGUGUAAGUUAUCAAGAAACAUUUGGACCAAGUAAGAUUCAAGUUUUUUUAAACUUUUUGAAGAAUAUUAAUAUCACUCAGAUAACAGCCAUGCAGGUAUCCAAAGAAGAUUCAGCUGGAGAUGAAAUUUCUAACAGUGACAAUAAUCAUUACCAAUUUUCCUUUGAUGAGGAAAUGAGUGUGAGCCACCGUAUUUUCAGCCAUGCAGAACCUUCAACUAUGUCAAUGCAAGCCUCUGAAGAAUCAGUCAGCUCUGUAAAUAUGAGUAUGGAAUCAGAACCUUUAGAAUAUUAUAAAAUGGAUGCACAUCCUCGAGGGAUAUGUCUUAUAAUUGACAACCAAAAGUUUUCAUACAACCCAGAUGACCCACAUGCCACCCAAUUGUGUGACAGACUUGGGUCAGAGAAAGACAGUGAAGCACUAAAGAGGACUUUUGAAGCUCUGAAUUUUAUUGUAGAAUUAAAUUUGAACCUUCAAGCUCACAGUAUGCUUGAAGUCUUUAAGCAGGCUAGCCAGGCCCAACACAGAAACUAUGAUUGUUUUGUUUGCUGUAUACUCUCACACGGAGGGGAGGGGUUUGUUUACGGUACCAACGGCCACAAAAUACCAAUUAAAAGAAUUAUAGAGAUGUUUAGAAUACAGAACUGUCCACAACUUGCUGGAAAACCCAAACUAUUUUUCUUACAAUGUUGUCGUGGUAAAGAACAUCAACAGGCCUUUCUUCCGCCUGAAAUUGAAACUGAUACACCCCUGCCUGAAGCACCCAUGGAACUGAUGAUACCCAACGAGGCAGAUUUUUUAUUUGGAUAUGCCACUGUAGCAGAUGCUGUGUCAUACCGCAGCAAAUCUGCUGGGACAUUUUACAUCAAUGAACUGACCAGAGUUUUGAAUGAGUAUGCCAGAAGGUACGACCUGUUGACGCUGCUUACACUUGUAAACCAAGGUGUGUCUAAACGAAUGUUCAGUGAAAUCAGAGAGGGGAGACAAAUUGUUUACAAGCAGGUUCCUGCACCACAAUAUACUCUUCUUAAAAUGCUUAAAUUUUUCUAA